AUGCAUCGCAAUAUCAUCGUCGCAGGAGCUACAGGCAAGCAAGGCCAAGCUCUCAUCAGAGCUCUCCUCCACCCAUCGCCAGAGGCGAACACAGCAUCAUCUGAGCAUACAUACCACAUCUAUGCAUUAACCCGCAAUAUAUCUUCUCCUGCCGCCAAGGGCCUAGUAGAACGAGAGCAGAAUGUAACGGUCAUAGAAGGUGACUUAGACGUCCCCGACUCGAUUCGCAAGGUCUUCCAGAAAGCCAAGCAGGAUGAUGUGGACGGUCAAGGCCAAGGCCAAGGUAUCUGGGGCGUUUUCGCCGUCCUGGCUUUCCCCGGUCUGGGAACUGAAGCAGACGGCGAAGAGCGGCAGGGCAAAUUGCUUGCGGAUCUCGCGCUGGAGUAUGGUGUGCAGUGUUUUGUGUAUUCGAGUGCCAUGCGGAGUGGACCGAAGUAUGAGGAUGAGAUGAAACUGUCCAGCAAAGCGAAGGGGAACGUGGAGAAGUAUUGUAGGGUUCUUGGGGAGCAGGGGCUGGCUUGGACGAUUCUGAGACCGGGCUUCUUCAUGGAGAACUUCAAUGGUUUCAUCGGGAGUAUUACGACUUCGGUGCUGAGGGUUGGACUGCAAGCUGAUACGAAGAAUGGCUUGAUUGCGACGGAUGACAUCGGUAAUGUCGCAGCAGCUGUGUUCAGAGACCCCGAGAAAUUCAGAUCUCAAACACUUGCUGUGAUAGCAGAGUAUGCCACGAUCUCUGAAAUGGAUGAAUCGCAUCGGCGAGCGAAGGGCACAUCGAUGUCUGCUAUUCCCAGGGUAUUCGGGUGGCUUCUGUUGAAACUCAACAAAGCUACGCAAGGACUGAUACAAGACAUCGAGCGCAGUCAUCAUGCGCGAAUAUCUGGCGAGUAUCCAGAAUGCGAGAAAGAAUUAGAGCUGGCGAGGUCAGCUGCUAAGAUGAAGAGUUAUGAAGAGUGGCUGGUUCAAGGGAGAGAUGCCGAGGGAAACAGUGAAAACUGGAACAAGGUGUCUGUUGGGAAGCUUGUGACUGGCAAACUAUGA